UCAUGAGCGAUCACGAUGAUAAUGAUAAUGAUUAGGAGUUACAAGAAGAAACAACAACAAAUGCCCCUAAGUUUGAAGACUAUUCUGAUGUAUAAAAAGUUUAAAUUAUUUAGAUGGAUUAAACUUAAAUUCCUAUAUUUGAAAAGAAUGCAGGAACAGAUUGCUUUAAGAAAGGUGAUUAUUUUGAAGCUACACGUCAUUAUGCUAAAGUAAAAUUUGAAAUUUAUUUAAGGCUGUAAUGGCAUAUUAAUUUUUCAUAAAAGAUGGAGUAGUGAAUGAUCCAGAAGAAAUCAAAAAAUUGACUUAAGAAAUAUAUGUAAGUAAAUUAUUGAUUUAUUUCGUAGCUUCCUUGUAGUCUCAAUUUAUCCCUAUGUUAUAUUAAAUAAAAGGAAUAUCAAAUGGGAAAGGACUUUGCUAAUAAAUCAUUAGAAGUUGAUGCUAAUAAUAUAAAGGGUUUAUAUAGAAGGGGAAUUUGUUUUAUGAAUUUAUAAGAAGUAUGGAAUAAUUCAAUUAAUUAGUUUAAAGCAGCUGGAGAGGAUUUUAAAAGAAUAUUGGAAAUUGAUCCAAAUAAUGAUGAUGCAAAAUAAGCUUGGGAAUAAUUAAUAAAAAAGAAAGAGUAGAUUAAAUAGAAAUAAAAAGCAAUAAGUGAAAAAAUGUUAAAUAGUUUGAGUUAUGAAGAUAAAAUUGUUACAAAUACAAAAAAAGGAAAAAAAAAUUGGUUAAGAGAAAAAUAUGAUUGGUUAAAAUAAAUAUUGUGUGUUAGAAAAAAGGCAAAAAAAAAUUGA